UGCUAAAUUAAAACUAGAAAAUAAAGAAAAACUUGUAUAUACUUUGCCUUUGGAAAGCACAAGUAAAUUUCCAGACCUUUUCAGUGAUAUUGAUAAGUGUUCUGGCCAGGGUAUGAUGAGUUAUGACAUCUCCAUGUCAACUCUGAAUGAGGUCUUCAUGAACCUGGAACGAAAACCAAUGAUGAGACAAGACAAGAUAAGAGACUCAGAAAGCCCAAGUGAAAUGGAUCCAGCUUGCUUUUCUCUCCCUGAAAUACACAAGACUGUGAGCGACAUGGGCCUCUGGAGAAUGCAAGUCUGUGYGAUAGCACGGCUCCGUUUUUUAAAGCUGAAACGUGGAAGAAAAACACUUUUGACCCUGCUAUUGGUUUUUGGAAUUGCACUGUUUCCUUUGAUUAUGGAAAAGAUAGCUUAUUCUAUGAUAGAUCAAAAUGCAGACUGGGAGUUUAAAACGGAAUUAUAUUUCCUCUCUUCUGGACAACUUCCUCAGGAACCUCGUACCAGCCUCUUGAUCAUCAAUAACACAGAAUCAAAUAUUGAAGAUUUUAUACAGUCUUUAAAGCAUCAAAAUAUACUUUUGGAAGUAGAUGACUUUGAAAACAGAAAUGGCACUGAAGGCCUCUCAUACAAUGGCGCUAUCAUAGUUUCUGGUAAACAAAAGGAUUAUAGAUUUUCAGUUGUGUGUAAUACCAAGAGGUUGCACUGCUUUCCUAUCCUCAUGAAUAUUAUCAGCAAUGGGCUACUUCAGAUGUUUAAUCAUUCACAGCAUAUUCGGAUUGAGAGAAGUCCAUUUUCAUGGAACCAUCUGUACAUCUGGACUGGGUUGCCGGAAAGUUCUCCAUUCAUGAUUUUUGUUGUGUGCUGCCUUUCUCCUUACAUUGCCAUGAGCAGUGUGAGUGAUCACAAAAAGAAAGCUAGUUCUCAGCUAUGGAUUUCAGGCCUCUACCCCUCUGCUUACUGGUGUGGGCAGGCAGUGGUGGAUAUUAACGUCUUCAAUUUAAUUCUCCUUUUAAUGUAUUUAAUCAUCUACAUAACAAACAUGAUGGAAAUUUAUAUUUCAAGUCAAGGUUUAUUUGCUAUGGUUGUUGUAUCACUUGGUUAUUCAGCUUCUCUUAUCUUCCUGACAUAUGUGAUAUCAUUUAUUUUUCGUAAUAGUAGAAAAAAUAGUAGCCUCUGGUGGUUUUGCUUCUAUAUUGUCUUGAACUUCAUGCCUUACAUCAUUUUUAUCAAUGACUUCAAGCUAGCUAUGAUAAUUGUCUGCAUGGUGUUACUUCCAUCAUCGACCUUGGAAGUAUUUAUUUUCUUCCUGGAAAAUAGAGCAGAGGAGUACUCUGAAGAAUUUCAAGACUUCAUAUUUCACCUGAGUGCUGUUGAUCUUCUAGUGUGCCUAAUAGUAAGAGGACCUUAUUACCUCACCACAUAUUCUUUUGAAUGGCUGUCAUUUACUAUAACUAUUUAA